AUGGAAGUGGAAAAAAUACACUGCAGCAUAGUUACAAAUAAUAAUGACAACAAAUUAGAGGCAGAAGAAGAUGAUGAAGAUGUUCAACUUCCAGGGUUUCGGUUUCAUCCGACAGAUGAAGAGCUUGUUGGGUUUUAUCUUCGAAGGAAAGUUGAGAAAAGACCCAUUGCUUUACAACUAAUCAAACAGAUGGACAUAUACAAAUAUGACCCUUGGGAUCUGCCGAAGGGUAGUAACAAGGGAGAAAAUGAAUGGUACUACUAUUGCAAAAGGGGAAGAAAAUACAAGAACAGUGUAAGACCAAACAGAGUGACGGCGGGUUCUGGAUUUUGGAAAGCUACUGGUAUUGAUAAACCUAUUUACGGUAAAGGAGAAGUCAUAGGACUAAAGAAAUCAUUGGUGUAUUACAGAGGCAGUGCUGGAAAAGGCACCAAAACUGAAUGGAUGAUGCACGAGUUUCGUCUUCCAAACAACAAAUACCUUCAUGCAGCUAACAACAUUGCUCAAGAAGCUGAAGCAUGGACUCUUUGUCGUAUCUUGAAACGAAAUGCUUCCUAUCGGAAAUUUGUACCAGAUUGGAAAGAAGUAGCAGCAGCAGCAGCAGCAGCAGCGAAGCAGCAGCGAAAUGCAGUCCCCAAAAUAUGCAGCAAUAAUAUUAUUAAUAGUGAUUCUCCAAGAAAUUCCCAGAUUUACAUCAGUUUUAGCACUCCUCCUGUGGUUAAGCAGAAUACGGCCUAUAUUGAUGAUGCUGAAAAUAAGCAGCUGUUAAACGUAGGGCAACAAAGCUCAGGAUCUACUAAUGAUGCAAGUAUGCUAUCUACUGUUGCAGCUGCAUCCAAUUCGAGCUUACUGAAUAGUCCUCUCGACUUUAAUGAGUGGUUAGAGAAUGGGAACUGGGAUGAACUUAAAUCUAUUUUCGACCUUUCUUUUGAUCCUUUCUUUUAAUUUUCUACUAC